UUAAGACUGCUCUUCUGCAACUCAGCAGAGAGCUCUUGUGGACCUUGAUCUAAUCAAAGUGUUAAAACUUUUGACGUUCGAUAAUUACAUAGGCAUCUUUCACAUGCUACACGACAAAGAAAAAACAAAUCAUGAAGUCGCUAUCUCGUUUCAUUUUAAUAAGAGAAAGAAGACACCUUUAAGCUCCUUUUCAUCCUUAUCAGUUAUCACUCACCAUUUCCCCUGUCUACGCACUGCAACUCGUAAUCCCAUCUCCAAGCGCAUCCCUAAGCUAAGCUCCAUGAUCACAGUCACAGCAGCCAUCUACGCAAUAUUCCUCACCUUAUCCACGUCAUUCCCAAUCGUCUUCUCCACUCACACUCCAAAAUCCUACUACCACUCUCUCUUCCUGUCCACCUCCCUCGCCGACAAUGCCUCCGUGGCACACAACCUCUACAUGCUCACCCGCCGGCCGCACGUCGCCGGCACGGAAGCCAACGCCGAGACCGCCGACUACGUACUCACCACCCUCACUUCCCACAACAUCAACUCCCACAUAGUCUCCUAUGACGUGGCGCUGACCUACCCUGACUCACGUUCCCUGACGCUGACUCCCAAACCAGGCCAUCCACCGGUAGCGUUCGAUCUCCGUCAGGAGAUCUACGCCGGCGAUCCCUACGCCGACGUGGCGAGCCAGGUCAUGCCCACGUUCCACGGGUUCGCCAAGUCAGGGGACGUCACGGCGCCCGUGACGUAUGCGAACUACGGAGGAGUGGAGGACUUUACGACGUUGAAGGAGAUGGGAGUCAACGUGAGUGGGACGAUUGUGCUGGCGAGGUACGGGAAGGUUUUCAGAGGGGACAUCGUGCAUAAUGCGUACACGGCAGGGGCGGUGGGGACGAUUAUAUACUCGGAUAGGAAGGACUACGGCGGCGGAGGGAAGGACGCCGGGUGGUUUCCGGAGGCGAAGUGGCUGCCGCCGACGGGAGCUCAGAUGGGUAAUGUUUAUACGGAGGCCGGUGAUCCUACGACUCCUGGGUGGCCGAGUAAUGAAGGGUGUGAGAGGAGGGAUUAUGAGGAAGUGGAGAGGUUGGGGAUUGUGCCGUCGAUACCGUCGCUGCCGGUGUCGGGAGCGGACGGCGAGACGAUCAUGAAGUCGAUUGGUGGGAAGGUUGCCGAUGAGGAUUGGCAAGGGAGUGAUGAUGCUCCGACUUACAGGGUCGGACCAGGGCCAGGUGUUCUAAAUCUCAACUACAAGGCAAAAAAGACUAUAGCAACUAUUCAUAACGUGAUCGGGAUGAUUGAAGGAUCAGAAGAGCCUGAUAGGUAAUGUAGAAGAACAUUUUGCAUGAAUUUGCUACGAAAUCGCAUAUCAAGUUUCGUCGGGUUAAUUUGAGUAGAGAAAAGGAAAAAAUAUUGAGAACUGAAAUCAAGUUACCUGCUUCUUGUACGGCAAACUGGCUAGAUAUGUGAUCCUGGGUAAUCAUCGGGAUGCAUGGACAUUUGGAGCAGUUGAUCCCAACAGUGGAACUGCAACACUUCUUGAGGUUGUUCAAAGACUGGAAAAACUGCAGAAGAAAGGCUGGAAACCUAGAAGAACAAUCAUCUUUUGCAGUUGGGACGCCGAGGAGUAUGGCUUGAUAGGAUCGACUGAGUGGGUUGAAGACAACCGAGAACUGCUGGCUUCGAGAGCUGUUGCGUACUUGAACGUGGAUAUUGCAGUGAGUGGUGACGAAUACUCUGCUUCUGCAACUCCUCAGCUUGAUGAAUUACUCAAACAGGCCGCUAAACAGGUUCAAGACCCAGAUAACUCAUCACAGACUGUCUAUGACUCUUGGGCUUCUGCCUCCAGCAGUUCCCCAAGUGCUACAGCACUAACAUGUCUUGCAACUGUACAGAUUGAAAGAUUAGGGGGUGGAGGAUCAGAUUUUGCAGCAUUUGUACAGCAUAUUGGUGUAGCAUCCCUUGAAGUAACUUACGGAGGAGCUUACCCUGUAUACCACUCAAUGUAUGAUGACUUUGUCUGGAUGGAGAAGUUUGGUGACCCAAUGUUCCGCAGACACAUUGCAGGUGUGUAGAAUGGAGAAUUUCAACUAUCUUUUCAGAUGGUAAAACUGUUAUGCUCAACAGAAUCAUUCUAGUAGAUGAGGGGAUACAAACAGUCCAUACUGAAGCCUUACUUGGACUAAGAAACUGAUACAAAAAUUCUUCUACUGAAUCCGAAAGAGAAGAGUGGCCAUAAUAUUGUGUCAAAUGCAAAGCUAAACUACAUGUUGAAUCAUGCAUCUCAGCCUCAAGUUUAUUAUUUUUUUUUUUUACCUACAGUUGCAAGCAUUUGGGGAUAUCUAGCUCUCCAGUUAGCAGACAAGGAAAUUUUGCCUUUUAACUAUCAGUCCUAUGCUGAAGAGCUUCAGGUACGGCUAUUUGUGCAGAACCAGGGUACAUCCCUGGUAACUAACUGGCUAUCAUGAGAAAUUUUGGUAUUUAUGUGUUUAAUCCAUGUAUAACAGAGAAAUGCGGAGGAGUUGGAAGAUCAGAUAUCAAAUCAGAUAACAGUUACUCCCUUGCUUACUUCUAUUGAUGCACUAUCAAAAGCAGCAGCCAAGAUAAACAAUGAGAUAAAGGGGAUUGAAGAAACCAUAGGAUGGGCAUCAAUUGUGAAGGCCGACGUCACAAGAGUGAGGGAGAUCAAUGACAGACUAAUGAUGGCUGAGCGUGCAUUUCUUGACCGAGAGGGGCUUUCUGGAAGACCAUGGUAUAAGCAUAUGAUAUAUGCACCUGCCAAGCAUAAUGUGUAUGGAACAAAGUACUUCCCAGGAAUUGAUGAUGCAAUAGAGCAGGCAAAGCGUCUGAAUACUGAAGAAUCAUGGAAGGUGGUGCAACAUGAAGUUUGGAGAGUCUCCAGAGCCAUUAAUCAAGUCACUAAGGUCCUUAGUGGUGAAUUGACAUGAAAUGUACAGUAAAAGGCGGGACUUACAGGUGCUGACAGGAACCAGCCGCCACUGAAUGACUCCAAAUCAGUACCUUUCAACUCCACUUCAAUACAAGUACUUUGGAACCCCUUGCAAGAAUGGUGCAACAAAUAAAUUUCAGAAAGUUGAGUACAAUCAGAAUCAGCUUCAAAUCCUUCGUUGUACGCAUUCACCCUACUAUGGACUGCCAGUUGAUUUGGGUUCUUGUUUUGGUUUAUUGGGGUAAAAUUAAAAUUGGAAGAAAAAAAAAACACUUCUCGACAAUAUAAUAAGAAUAAGAAGAGAAAGAUGUAUAUAUUUCUACAACACAGUUUACGACUCGAAUAUUGCUAGAUGCAGACAAACGUAGGUCUUCACACGUUUGGGCGUUUGGCCCUUGUGAGCUUGAAUGGAAUUUUAC